AUGGCUUAUGUGGCGCCAGUGCAUCUGCCGACCAGCAUCCGCCAUGCGAUCCGACUCCAAUUCAGCUCCCCGGACCAUGAUGACUUGAUUGUCGCCAAAGCGAAUCGACUCGAGAUAUGGCGCGUCACGCAAGAGGGCAUGACGUGUCUGCACACCAAAGUCGUGCAUGGCACGAUAUGCAUGCUGCAGCGCUUGCGACCGAAAGAUGCCGUCACCGAUCUCCUCUUCGUCGGUACCGAACGACUGCAAUACUUCAACGUCUCCUGGAAUCCGGAAAAGAACGAAAUGGAGCUCAACUAUGAGGCUAUUCACGACAUUGCCGAGCCGUACAUGCGCGAAUCGCAAAGUCAGAACAAGUGCCUGGUGGAUCCCACGGCGAAAUACAUGGUGAUGCACAUGUGGGAGGGCGUGCUCAACGUGUUCCGCUUGCCUAGUAGGCGCGGUGCAUCUGACAAGCUCGAACAAAUGGACCAGAUCCGCCUCACGGAGCUGUGGAUGAAGGACAGCGCGUUCAUCCAUAGUCGUACAGGCCAUCCUCGCAUCGCAUUUCUCUACAAGACCCAGCUUGACCAGGAGGAAGCUCGUGUCGCCGUUUACAGACUGACAAAAGACGACAAAGGCAGCGAUGUGUCGAAGUUCGACCCGCACAAGGAUCGAGAGCUUGAUCAAGUCAUCGCCGACCCGUACGCAUCCAUGUUGAUUCCUGUGCCGGUCGCCGAGGAAAAACGAUACCAUGUGCGAAAGACUGAAGGCACGAGGGCACAUUUGGGCGGUCUACUGGUCGUGGGCGAGACCUUGUUGACGUAUUUUGAUAGCUUGACAUAUUCGAGCGUGUCAUCUGCGCUCGACGAACCGAAGAUAUACGUCGCAUGGGCCAUGUACGAUGAAACCCACUAUUUCCUCGCCGACGACUACGGACGACUAGACUUGAUGACUCUGGAAACCUACGCAGAGCCAACCGGGGUUGUUGUUACGGGCAUGACUGUUGAGUCUCUCAGGUUUCCGGACUCCAAGGACUUGACCUCCCGGGCAUCAAAUCUUGUUUACAUGGGCGACGGCAUGCUUUUCGUGGCCUCCCACCACGGCGACUCUCAGCUCUUGCAGAUCGAUCUCGCCUCUCGUACCAUGUAUCCGAUAAAGCUUCUUUCCAACAACGGACCGAUUUUGGAUUUUGCAAUCAUGGAUAUGGGAAAUAGAGAAGGUGACAACCAGCAGGGCAACGUAUUUUCGUCGGGGCAAGCCAGAAUUGUCGCGGGCUGCGGUGCAUACAGGGACGGGUCCUUACGCAGCAUCAGAAGUGGUGUUGGGCUGGAAGAUUAUGGCAUUCUGGAUGAAAUCCAAAACACAAAAGGACUGUUCACAAUAAAGUCGCACGGCUCCAAGAAGGUCGACACGCUUGUUGCUUCUUUCGUCAUGGAGACCCGCGUCUUUAGAUUCGACGCAGAUGGUGAUAUCGAGGAAGUCUAUGAAUUCGCUGGCAUGAAUUUAGAAGCUGAGACAUUGGUCGCGACCAACUUGCCUAAUGGGCACCUGCUCCAAGUCACAACAUCAGAGGCCGCGGUCUUUGACCUUGAAAAUGGCAUGAGGAUAUCGUCAUGGGCGACAGAAAGUGGUGGAGAAAUCACAGCUGCCUCAUGCAACGGGAAAUGGGUGCUGCUUUGCGUUGACGGAACCAUACUUGUGUCGUUGAAUGUUGACAAAGACUUGGCAGCUUGCACACAGCGCUACCAGGGGACCAAUGACUCGAGCCAGUCUGACCAAAUCUCAUGUUUACAUGCCUCGCCGGAUCUGAAAGACUAUGGCGUCGUUGGGUGGUGGAACUCUGGCAAGAUUACAAUCGUGGAUCUCUUGACACUCAGCGCCAAGCAUGGUGAAACCCUUCAGCAGACUAGUGAUGCCGCUUCAGUACCUCGCGACAUAUCGCUGGUCCAGCUCCAUCCCCGCAGCGCAUCAGGCCCCACACUUUUGGUUGCUUUGGAAGACGGAACUGUUGUCAACUUUAACGUCUCUGUUGAGGAUCUCGCUCUGUCAGGUAAAAAGAGUGUCACGCUGGGGAGUAGUCCUGCUCGUCUACAUAUUCUGCCUGAGGGCGAUGGCACCAGUAGCGUCUUUGCCACUACAGAGCACGCCAGCCUCAUCUACAGCUCUGAGGGGCGCAUCGUAUACUCUGCCACAACCGCGGACGAUGCCACCUAUGUCGUUCCCUUCGAUUCCGAGGCAUUCCCCGACUCUAUACUGCUCUCGACUGAUAAACACGUUCGUUUAUGCCAUGUCGAUAAAGAGCGCCUCACGCACGUCAAGUCACUACCAGUAUUUGAGACAGUUCGACGUGUCGCUUACGCCCCAGGUGUAAAGGCAUUUGCUCUCGGCUGCGUCAAGAAAGAGCUCGUACAUAACGAAGAAGUCAUCACAUGCUCAGUGAAGCUCGUUGACGAAAUCAUAUUCCAAGAACUUGGCGCUCCACUCCAACUCAAUGCCUCUAGCACACUGGAAAUGGUUGAAAGCGUCAUCCGCGCUGAGCUUCCCGACCACACUGGUGCUCUAGUGGAGCGUUUCAUUGUGGGCACAAGCUUUGUCACUGGUGAAGAAGUCGGUGAAGCCGGGGAGACACGUGGUCGGAUACUGGUCUUGGGAGUAGACGAGGAACGCCAGCUAUACACUAUCGUAUCGCACAAUCUGAAAGGCGCGUGCCGCUGCUUGAGUGUCAUAGAUGAGUACAUUGUUGCUGGUCUUUCCAAGACAGUUGUUGUCUACAGCUAUACGGAAGAAACCAGCACCGAGGGCUCUCUGCAGAAGCUUGCGGCUUACCGCCCAGCGACCUUUCCACUGGCAAUUGAUGUAUCUGGGAACAUGAUUGGCGUUGCUGAUCUGAUGCAGUCAUUAUCUUUGGUGGAGUUCACGCCACCAAAACAUGGAGAACCCGCCAAACUAGAGGAGAAGGCUAGGCAUUUCCAAUCAGCGUGGGCGACUUCAGUUUGCCAUCUGGAUGAUGAGCGAUGGCUGGAGGCAGAUGCGCAGGGUAACAUUAUUGUGCUGGCGCGGAAUUCGGAUGCGCCAACGGAGCAAGACCGCGGCCGUCUCGAAAUAACGAGCGAGAUACACCUUGGCGAACAGAUCAACAAGAUGCGAAAGCUGAAUGUGGCGCCGACGGACAAUGCUGCCGUAUCACCAAAGGCGUUUCUUGCCUCUAUUGAGGGCACGCUAUAUCUCUACGGCGACAUUGCGCCACAAUAUCAAGACCUACUCAUUACGCUCCAGACAAAUAUAGAGCAGCACGUCAAAACGGCGGGAGGCAUCAACUUCCACGCUUGGCGAUCCUUUCGCAACCAGACUCGAGAAGCGGAUGGCCCGUUCCGGUUUGUGGACGGCGAAAUGGUGGAGAGGUUUCUUGACUUGAACGAGGCAACGCAGGCUGAGCUCUGCAAAGAUCUCGGCCCCAGCGUGGAGGAUGUGCGGAACCUGAUUGAGGAAUUGCGUCGGAUGCAUUAA